AUGUCGGAGAAGCGGAGCUUCGAAAGCUUUGCAAUCGAAGCAUGGGUCAAAGAGGCUUUCUAUGAUGCGGAGGAUUUGCUCGAGGAAAAUGGAACAUUUGGAGUUACGCGACGAGGAUUGCCGAGCAAACAUGAGAAAUCGAAGCAGCAGGUAAAGUACCUUCUUUUCACCUCCGAACCAACUUGCUCUAGGGGGCUGAAGAAUAUUAGGGAGAGAGUAGAAGGAAUCGCUGCUAGAGGGAGGGAGGGAUUUGUCUUCACCAAGACUGACCCGAUAGUUUCAAUCAUGGAACCUUCCGAUUCCUCCGGCAAAGGAACGCCGCCGCCGCCGUCGCUGCAGCAGCUGCGGCGACAGCGGCUGCGGCAGCUGCGGCGACAGCGGCUGCGGCGACAGCAGCUGCGGCUACAGCGGCUGCAGCAGCUGCGGCGACAGCGGCUGCAGCAGCUGCGGCGACAGCGGCUGCCCCAGCCGACCAAGAAGCAGGUCCAGGUUCGGGGCCCCCCGCCCUCCCCGCUCCGGAUCUCCAAAGAUUCCCACUCCAUCAGGAAGCCGCCACGACACCCGCCGCCGCAUGCGGUGGCCUCCUCUGCGGCGGACCGGCAGCAGCCCACGAUCUUCUUCGACAUCAGCCCGAAGGUCAUCCACGUCGAGGAGGGGAACUUCGUGUCCAUCGUCCAGCAGCUCGCAGGGUCCUCCUCCAGCGACCUCUCCCCGGCGGCCAGGCUGGCGGCGAUAGAGCGGACCUGCCCGUCGGGCAGAGAAAAGGGUUUCGCCAGCAUCGCCGCGAAGGCGGAGCUAGGCGGGGCCGGUGACGAUGACCUAUUGGAUAUGUUGGGAGAAGUCGAGCUGCGUCAGAUUCAGGGGAUACUGUCGCCAGCGCCAGGGGCUCUCCCGGCUAUAUCGGCGGGGUUCUUCUCGCCGGCGACAGAUGUGCAAGUAAAUAGAGGAUCGAGGAAGAGACUGCGGCGGAAGAGACUGCGGCCUGACACUUUUGUUAUAGGGAGAGAUGGUGCUAAAAGAGCAACUGCCAAUGCCGCUGUUAAUUUUGACUUAGAGAGUGGAUCGGGGAAGGGAGAGCAGUCAGACUGCUUUGUGUACGAGGAGGAGAUUAUAGGGAGAGAUGAGGUUAAAGGCGCAUUUUUGAAGUUUUUGUUAGACUCUUCUUACACUAAAGAAAAUAUUCCAGUGCUUUCAAUAGAUGGUGAGAGUGGGAUUGGAAAGACUGCUCUUGCUCGAUGUCUAUACAAAGAUGAGAUGGUCAACCGGCAUUUUGAUUUAACGAUGUGGGUCUGUGUGGGUGACUUCUCUGAUUUCAAAAUGGUAUUGCGAAAAAUCAUAGAAAGUGCAACCACAGAGAGAGCAGAUGACAUUGGGUUGGAACAAUUGCAAUAUCAACUUAAGGAACACAUUGCUGAUAAAAAGUAUCUCCUAGUUAUCGACGAUGUUUCGUAUGGUUUUGCUGGACAAUGGAAGAGCUUGGGAAGACUAUUGAUGGGAGGUACCAAAGGUAGCAAGAUUCUGAUUACUACACACGAUGACUCAGUGUCGGGUUUGAUUGGCACAACCUUAUCCUAUUGUCUUGGGGCCCUUUCAGAAAGCUCAUCUCUAGAUUUAUUGAUGAGAAUGGCUUGUAAGGAAGAAGAAGAGACUGGAGAUUCAUAUAAGCUAACUAUCGGGAGGUGGAUAGUCAAACAAUGUCUUGGAAUCCCUUUGGCUUUACGAACAAUCGGAAGUACAUUAUUCUUCAAGAAAACUGAAGCUGAGUGGUUACAUUUUGAGCACGAGAUCUCGGAAGUUUAUACAGAGUCAGAUUAUAAUCCCGUAUGCUCAUAUCUUAAGCAUAGUUAUUUUCAUCUCCCAUCCCAUCUCAAACGGUGCUUUGCCUUCUGUUCAUUGUUUCCCAAAGAUUGGGUGAUUGAUAAACUAAUAUUGACCAGCCUCUGGAUGGCAGAAGGAUUUAUCCGGCCCCUAGACGACGUAGAUCGGGAUAUGGAAGAUAUGAAAGAUAUGGAAGAUAUUGCUCAUGACUAUUUCAUGGAUCUUGUUAGGAGGAAUUUCUUUCAAGACUGCACUAAAGAUGAACUUGGCAAUGUGACGACUUGUAAGAUGCAUGAUUUAGUGAAUAAGCUAUCAUGUGCGGUUACUCUAACUGAGUGUUGUCGAUACUUUGGUCUGCCAAGGAUGAAAAUUGAUGAAAGAACUCGUCAUGUAUCGUGGGAUUCAACUUUAGAUCUAUCACAGGGACUUCCAGCUACUCUACUCAGAGCAAAACAUCUCAGGACAUUCAUCAAAAUGGAUCAAAGAAAAAGCUCGAGGAGUGAAACUCUAAUGGGUGAAGAUACUCUUUGUGAACUCAUUUAUAAUUUCAAGUACUUGCGUGCCUUGGAUUGUCAUGGUAGUGGUAUUGAGAAGUUGCCAAGUUCCAUUUGUGAGUUGAAGCACUUGACAUUUCUAGAUCUCUCUGAAAAUGAAGGAAUCAUAAUGCUUCCUGAUUCUAUGACAACAUUGCAAACCUUGCAAGUCCUUAAACUCAAUUUGUGUUACAAGCUAAUAGCAUUGCCAAGCGAUAUAGGAAAAUUGGUUAACCUCAGGCAACUGGAGAUUAGCAAUUGUAAUGCCCUAUCUCAUAUGCCACAUGGAUUGGGCCAGUUGACCCUUUUGCGCACACUAACAGAUUUCCUUUUGCCUGGGGAUGAUUCUUGUUCAAAGAAUUGCGGUGUGCUGGGGGAGUUGAAUAGGUUAAGCAAUUUGAGAGGAAGCCUAAGAAUUAAAUUUAAGGGAGAAAUAGAAGAUGCGGUAGCACAAGCAAAUUCUGCGAACUUGAAGGAGAAGGAUUCCUUAGUUUCGCUAGUAUUAGUGUUUGCUGGAAAAGAAAGUGAUGAAGUUCUACUCAAGGAGUUGCAGCCAAGCUUAAAUCUCCGAAGCUUAGAAAUAAGGGGCUAUGGCGGCACAUUGUUUCCAAGCUGGAUGUCUCGCAUGCCUAAGUUAGUUGAGCUACGGUUGGUUCAUUGUGCAGGAUGCAAAAUUCUCCCACGACUCAAUGAGCUUACUAGCCUCAAGCGUUUGGAAAUUGGUGAGCUACCUAAAGUGGAGUACACAGAAAGAGAUAUUUAUACCCUCUCAUCACUUCCUAAUCUGUCUACAUUAGUGAUAAGGGAGUGUCCUAAUUUGGAAUGGAUUCCACCACUUCUACAUCUCAAGGAGUCGAAACUUCCUAGUUUCCCUUUGGAGUCGUUGCAUACCUCAGUUGCCACUAUUGAACACGUAAUUGGUAUUGAUGAUCGAGUCAACGAUGUAAUCAAGUUAUUGGAAAUGGAAGAUGAUGAGUUGCCACUAUUGAACACGUAA